GGGCUGUUUGUCUGCGUGAAGCUGGCAUGGCCUCCCGUUCCCCUGCAUCUGUUCCCCAUUAGCAGAGCCGAGAGUAUAAAGCAGGGAGCUGACAGGGGCUGGGAACAGUCUAGUUCCUGCCUGGAUCAUGGGGUUUACUAUCUGGCUGUGCGUGCUGUGCCUGCAGGCGAGCCUGCUGUCACACGCCUUCGACUGCUCAGGAGCGAGCCAUGGAGAGCCGUGUGUCAGCAGACAGACCGCAGACGAACAGAAUGUUGAACAGAGGCAGCAAAAGGCACUACCCUUAACUGAAGGACUGGUUUUCUUCAGACGUAAGAGACAGUUGGAGCGCAGGGGUCCCACCCACCUGAGUCACUCCAGCCUGCCCGGGGCCGUCUCUGUCAAAGGCUUCCCUAACACUCUCAUCCAGGCUGAUAGGUCCAGGAGACACUUGGUUCAAGCUGCGAAUAAGAAAAAAAACAAGCGCAAACCCCGCGUCGGCUCCUUCUCCCUCCUUAGCAACGACAAGAAAUCCACCCCCCUACAGUUUCAGGUGACAAGAGCAAGGAGACAGGUGAAGCUCGAUCCACCCAAGAGGGGGAAGGGACGUUCUGGAGCCUUCUCUGUCCUGGGAGAUCCUCAGACUGAUGGGCAGGCCGACAGACCCAAAAGGAGCAUAUAGAAGACAAGGGCUGCAGAAUAAAAUCUUCCUUCUCAUUCUGGCAAAUCCUAACAAGGGGGUGUGCACAGUAGAAAUGUGUCCAGGUUUGACCCAAAACAUGUAGAAUAACUGAAGACUGGUAUGAAAAAAAAAAAACAUUUGCAAUAAGAACUUCUGUGUUUAUUUACUAUUUCAUGGAGUCAUUCUGAUACUGUAUGUGUGUCUUCCAUUAUUGUUUUAACUGUAAGCUAGCUUACAUUUAUCAGCCAGUCUGCACUUAUGGAUACUUUUUACAAACAAUUUUAAUUUCUAAUAUAUUCCUGCAUGUUAUUACAUCACAAGAGAUCCCAUAUUAAUAUUAUAGUUUGCCAUUGUGUUGUAAUCUAUUUAACCACAGAUUCCUUAUGAAGAUUGGGGGUAUAUUUUUGCAGAAAUAUUUCCUGUGUUGUUGUAUCAGGUUUCAAUAAAAGUUAAGUAGGGACA